AAAAUUAACAUGGCUACACUGCCAACAGGGCACCUUCGAUCGAUGUGUUGCUGUCAACAAUUUUUUACGAAAUAAUUUACAAGGCAGUAGAGUUGAUAAAUUAUACAAUUCCCAAGGAAUCUAUUAUUAUUUGUAACUAAACAUCUCGGACAGUAUUAGUGGCACAUAUGAUGUUCUAAAACAUAUCGGUGUAGAGUGAAAGUGUUUUCAGUCGAGUUCGUCUCGUGAUAGUGACGAGGCUGUUUGUUGCAGUGUAGCAUAUGUAAGGGGCUCCUCCACGAAUGUUACGUAAGCGGCGAUAAGGCGGCAUGUCGUGGAUGAAGCGGCCGCAGGGGCCCCGGCCCGAGGGGCAGCCGUACUCCGCCGCCCAGCCAUAUGGGAACCAACAGAGUAUGUAUCCAAACUAUCAAGGGACGCCGGCUGCUGCACAGCAACAGCAGACGUGGCAGCAGCAGCAGCAGCCUCAGUACAACCAGCAGUACAGUCAAGUGUACCAGACACAACCCUUCGUCAGUAGCUCUAAUCAGAUGUUUCAACAACAACAAUACAACCAAAAUUACACCAAUCAGAAUCAAAAUCAGAAUUUUGAUAACAUUCAAGGUUAUCAGCCAAACUACUUUCACAACCAAGCACCUCAGCAACCAAAAUUCACCCAAAAUGAAAGCUCAGACACCUGGGAAGACAAUUGGGACUGGGGCUGGGACGAAGCAUCUAAACAACAGAGCGCAGCUAGCCAAGUCUCUCAGCAGGCUGCACAGGCACACACACUCAACAAUGCUAAUGUGAUAGAAGAAAGUUUUGCCUCCACUCAAAGUUGGAACUGGUCUAUGGAAGACCAAAAAGAAAAGGAGCAGCAGCAGGUGCCAGUUCAAAACAUUCAAUCACACAAUCAAUCAGUGAAUUCAGACAACACCAAUGCUGCUAAUGUCAUCAAUCAUAAUAUAGGAAUUAGUGAACCAAGCUCACAACACAGGGUGAGUGACGUCCCCUCUCAGGGCAAUUCUAAUGAAGUAAAAAAUUUAAGCGAUAAAGAAGUUGUGAAGGAACAUUUACCUAACUUAGCACUAGGGAAGCGUUUUAAUUUAGAAAAUUUAACACCACAGUGGUCCAUUGAGUCUCAAAUGUCACAGGAUUCCAGCGACGGUCCACUCACACAGUCAGAAGGCACAUAUAGAAGUGAAAAUCAAUCACGAAACUCUAGCAAGAGCAGUCCCGGCCCCAACACUGACACUUCUAACUUUAAUUAUUCAUUGUCAGGAUUCAAUGAAAUGAGUGUCACAAAUACUGAGAUAUCCAAGCAUACAGAUGACUCAACCUCAUCUAAUACACAUAACAAUAGAAGGGAAAACUAUGAUGAGUUAGCUAACUCUGUGCAAGAAAUGUCUAUAGCUAACAAUGAAAACCAAGCCAAUGCAGCUGCAAAUGUCAGUGUUCGCAGCAGUGAAACAUUGAGGGAGAACCAGCAACCAAUAUUGCCACCCUUGCCCUCAGUGUCACCGUCCAUGUCAAACCAAUAUAUCCAUCAACCCACAAUGGUGGCCCCUCCCUCGUCCCACAUGCCUCAAACCUCAUCCAUAGCUGCAAAUCCUUUGCCGAACAAUGCCGGACCACCUGCGCAAGUGUUACCAUCUAACUUGCCACCACCACCAUCUUCGAUGAUCACCUCCAGUAAUAUGCCAACAUCAUUAUCAUCAAUGUCACAUCCUCCUCCUACAAGUUUUCCGACAUCCACUCAAAAUCCAUUUAAAAGUGCAUCACCUUUUUCACACAAGAACAUUCCCAAAAUACCUACCCAAUCUCAACCACAAUCUUUCCCACCGCAAGUACCUAACAGCAACCUAGCUUCUCCGGCUGUCAUUACUCAAAUCCUUCAACAAGACAGACUCUCAACAAGUUUUGGGGCUAAUUUGGAAACUACUCCGGACAACUCUGAGAGACCUGAUCAACCUCAGAUGACAAAUUACAGAUCAAUACCUAUUUCCCAUCAAGUUCCUGAUAAUUUAGAAGUUGCACCACAAAAUGACAGAAAUGAGUACUUGCAGACGGCGCAUCUCUCCAGCAGUGACUAUGGAGAAAACACUGACUUCAGUCGAAAUAUUCCUCCGCCGGGUCUGAGGAGAAUGGGAGUGGGGCAGCAGGAGGCUGAAUACAACCAGGGUUUGAACGUGUCGGGCGAUGAACCUCCUCCAGGCUUAGCGCGAAUGGUACCGGGGCAGCAAACGGAAGUCGACAACUCUUACAACCGAGUGGGCGACGACGAUUAUAUGGACCGUCGAAUAGACGGUCAGCCGAUGGACGACGGCGGCCGACCGUACAGGCGAGCCGACGGCCAGCAGACCCCGGACUACGCGCAAGCCUCUACGAAUCGCAGCGGCGACAGAAGGCCCAUUGGAUUAGACAGAAUGGUUCCCGGGGAACCGAGCAACGAGGAGUAUAUACAGUACCAAACUUCUAGUUUCGUCGGAGCGAACGAGCACAGAGUCGUGACCGGAGUAGAUCACGACUACCCCGUCGCGACGGACGCGGGCCCGUCGGACGUCCGGGAACAAAACGUCGAUGGCUCCGACUACACGGAACCGACACCCAGAAAUCCCUCCCGAAGUAUAAUCGGCGUCCGAGAUGCCAGCAAUGCCACGUCGCCGGACUUCAGUCUGUCUGUGGACGAUCAACAGAGAGAGAUCACGAUGGAGGGUGAAAAUUUACAGGACCUCAGCUCCGUGUCGGCAGUAGACGUUCCGUUUGCACGCGACCCGCCGUACGAAGGAUCCACUUCUAACGUCGCGGAAGCGCCCAGGGACCGCAGUCACGACGCCGCCGAUGCCGCCGAGUAUCCGACGAGUAAUUCGCGCAGGCAGUCUGUGAAUUGCAUCACGUCAGGGGAAGACUCCGGCAGAGAUCGAGCUUACAAAGCGUCCCCGAGGAAGGACAGAGAGAAAAGCAAACCUAAAGAUCGGGAGAGAGACCGGGACCGGGACAGGGACAGGGAUAAAGACAGAGGAAGAUACUCUCGCGGCGACAGGAAGUACGAUCGCGAGUCGGAGAGGCGGCCCGGCCGGGACGAGCGGCGCUCCGAGGCGGCGCGCGGCUGGGAGCGCGAGCGGCGGCACCGGGACGAGAGCCCCGACGCCCGGCGCCACCGCCGCAGCACGCGCAGCCACCGCUACGAAACCGAGGACACUGAUUACUACAGUGACCGAGAGAGAGAUCGCAGACAGCACAGAGAGGGUUCAUACACAUCAUCGAAGCCGCCGCGCGACGACAAGGGCCGCCGGUACGACGAGCGCGAGCGCGGCGAGCGCAGGCGACACAACACGAUGGAGCGCGACCGGCGGUACGACGACGAACGAACGCGCCGCAGCGAGCGCCCGGCCGACGCGGCGCGACGCGAGCGCGACCGGGAGCGCGACCGCUUCGAGCACCGCUACAGGGACAUCGACCCCAACAAGUACGCCUCCUUGCGGCGACACAAGGAAUACAAAGAUGACGAUGAACGAAGAAAAGUGGUAACGUUCAGUGGCGAAGCCAACAGUGGUAGGAGUGGUAGGAGUGGUAGUAAGGCCGAAGGCGAGGCGUACUCGUCCGGCUCGCGCGCCGGCUCGCGCGAGGCCACGGCCACGGACGAGGAGGCGGAGGAGCCCCGCCGCCGCGCGCCCCGCGAGCAGCGCCGCCGCCACCGCUACCAUCACUACUACAAAGGGUACGAGGCGGGCGCGGGCGCAGGCGCGGGCGGCGCGGCCUGGGACGAGGCUAUGGAGGCGCAGCGGCGGCAGUACGAGUACUACGAGCGGCUGCGGCGCACCGACCCCGCCGCCUACAUGCGCAUAUACAAGCAGCUGCUGGCGCCCGGCCUGUACGGGCACGCGCCCUACGCCGACGCGGCAGGCUACGCUACGCUGGGCUACGAGGCGCGCGCGGAGGAGCGCGGCAGCGUGCACUCGGGCCGCUCCAGCGCCAACGGGCUCAAGCCGACCGACACGUACUACGGGCGCGCGCGCGACGCGGCCUCCAUGCGCACUGACUUCUCCGACAGGGAGCUGACGACGGACAUGUCGCUCAACUUACAUUUGGAGGAGUCCACGGUGCGCUCCGAGCGCAUGACGCCCUUCAAGUACUCCACCGCGCACGUCAAGGGGGCGCUGAGCGCGCGCGCGCUGCUGGUGGUGCGCGCCGGGUACCCGGUGGACGGGCGCGCGCCGGCGCUGUCGGUGCUGCCGCUGGCGCAGCUGCUGCAGCGCGACCCGCAGGCGGCCGAGCUGGCAGCCUACCCCGGACCGCUCAUUAAGGGAGUGACGCAUAAGAAGAGCGUGGUGGAGUACUGCGAGCGGCGCGCGCGCGACUCGGCCGGCGGCGGCCCGGACGCGCCCGGCCACGCGCUGCUGUGGGACCUGCUGGCGCUGCUGCUGCGGCAGAACGGGGUGGUGGUGGGCUCCGACCUGGCGGAGCUGCUGAUGAAGAACGCGAAGGAGUUCCAGUACGACAGCGCGCCCGCCGCCAGCAACGAGAGUGGCGGCUCGCCGCAGCCGGCGGCGCGGGCGGCGGAGGGCGAGGCGGGCGAGCGGGAGGCGCGCUCCCCCCCGCUGCCCUGCCCGCUGCCCGACGACACGUUGGUGGAGGAGGAGGAGGAGAAGCCGGACGAGCGGCAGGCGCUGGACCGCUUCCGGGAGCUGCUGAUCUACGGCAACCGCCAGGAGGCGCUGGAGUGGGCCAUGCGGCGCGGGCUGUGGGCGCACGCGCUGGCGCUGGCGGCGCACGGCGAGCGGCGCGCGCGGGCCGCCGUCAGCGCGCGCUUCGUGGCCUCGCUGUGCGCCGCCGACCCGCUGCACUCGCUGUACACGGCGCUGGCCCUGCGCGCGCCGCCCGCCGCGCGCUGGCGCGACUGGCGCCCGCACGCCGCCAUCCUGCUGGCCAACCCAUCCGCGCGCCCCGACCACGACACGCGCGCGCUCACGCAGCUCGGCGACUCGCUGAGCGCACGCGGGCUGCCGUGGUCGGCGCAGUUCUGCUACCUGUCGGCCGGCGUGCCGUUCGCGCCGCACCCGCUGGCGCCGCUGCAGCGCGCGCGCGCGGCCGCCGCGCCGCGCCUGGCGCUGCUGCUGGCCGACCCGCGCGCCGACUCGCUGCCGCGCCUCGCCACCAACCGCGCCAUCUUCGCCACCGAGAUCUACGAGUACGCGCUGUCGCUGGGCCAGGACUUCGCGCUGCCCGAGCUGGCGCCGUACAAGCUGGCGCUGGGCGCGCGGCUGGCGGACUGCGGGCAGCCCGAGCGCGCGCUGGGCUACGCGGAGGCGGCGGCGCGCGCCGUGGCCCGCGAGCCGGCGCGCCACUCCGCCGCGCUGGCGGCCGCCGUGGCGCGCCUGGCCGAGCGCCUCAAGUACUGCGACCCCGCGCUGCAGGACGACGCGGCGGACGACGCGCCCGACGCGCCCGACGAGGAGUCGCCGCGCCACCAGCAGUGGCUGCGCGACGUGCACGCGCUGGCGCAGCGCCUCGAGGCCGAGGCAUCGCAGCAGAGCACGCCGCAGCACGAGGCGCAGCCCACCGGCGACGCCGGAGACCAGUACGGCUGGGCGGAACAGACUGUGCAGCAGCAGCAGUACGCGGCGCCGCAGCAGCAGUACGCGGCGCCGCAGCCGGUGGCGCAGCAGUACGCGGACCCCGUGGCGGACGCGGCCGACUACGCGCACUACCCGCCGCCGCAGGACGCGCCCGCGUACCAGCCCUACGAGGCGCCGGAGUACCAGCCCGAGCAGCACUACGCCGGCUACGACGAGCCGCAGCAGCACUACGAGCCCUACUGGCAGCACGACUCGCAGUACGCCUACAGAGAGGGCGGCGAGGAGGAUUCGCGGCCCACCAUCACCAUGCCGGGCACGGCGCCCACCAAGCCUCCCAUGUUCGGCGGCGGGGAGGACGAGCGACCGCCCUCCGCUGACCAAACAGACCGGGAGACGGACACGCCGUCGGCGAGCGGCCAGCAGCUCAGCAAGGGCGACGCGAAGGGCGCGGACAAGCGCGCCAAGGGCGGCGGCUGGCUCGGCGGCCUGUUCACCAAGCUGUCGCUGCGCGCGCCCAACCAGAUGAUCCUGCCCGACGACACCAACCCCGCCAUCGUGUGGGACGAGGAGCACAAGCGGUGGCGCGACACCAACGCCGCCGAGGGCGAGGCGCCCGCCGCGCUGGCGCCGCCGCCCACCAUGCCGCUGAUGCCCGCCAUGAGCACGUCCACGCCGCUGCAGUCCCCGGGGGCGCCGGGCGCGGCGGGAGCGCCGGGUGCGCCGCCCUCCAACAUGUUCAAGAUGCAGAAGGGACGACACAUAAAGAAGUCGUACGUGGACGUGUUCAACCCGGGCGGGGCCGCGCGCGCACACGCAGCGCCCGCGCCGCCCGCGCCGCCCGCGCCCGCCGCCGCGCCCAGCUACUUCAUCCCCGCGCCGCUGCCCGACCAGGGAAGCAUCUACGAUCCCACGCAGAUGGCGCCUCUCGACGACGAGUACCGCGGCGCCAACUGAAGCCACAGAGUUGUUGAUACGAUGCAGCACGUACAUCAUGAUAGGGCCAUUUCCCCGUCGAGCUGGACGUAACUUGACGCACGAAAUAGUACGGUGGUCCCACAACUUGAAUACAUUUAUAACAAGAACUCCCUAUGCUAAUACUAUUCUAUAUAUGUACAUUUCUUAAUAAUUGCUUUUAAGCUAUUCUUCACACUGCUUAUAGAAGAGCAGAAGUAAAGAAGUAUCUUUUUAAUUUGGUCCAUGACGAUAUCUGGUGUUUUCGCACUCCCACAAGUUGUGGGACCCUGUGGGUUGUCAGCACAACAAUGACUUAACGGCUAACGACGUGCCACCAGUUUGGCCGGGGAAAUUUACUGCUCUGUCACAUUCCUUUAAUUUUGCAAAGGGUUUGGGUAAUUUGGCACAAAUAUUGGCAUAAUGGUAUCACAAAUAAUGUAUCUAAUAAUGUUUCAAAUUUUGCUUUUUCAAACGUAAUUAUUAGAGAGUAUCCUAUAAAACUGAUUUGUAUUCUUCAAAGGCACAGGAUUCAUUUAUAUACACACUAGCGGACGCCCGCGACUUCGUCCGCGUAAAAAUUGAUGUAAACUUCUCUACCUCUACCUUACCCUACUCGUAAACCUACCCAACCCUACCCUACCCUACCCUACCCCUACCUUACUCCUACCCUACCGCUAACGCUAACCCUUCCCUCCCCCCCACCUUACCCUACCCUAACCCUGCCCGUAACCUAUCCAUACCCUAUCCUACCCUACCCCUAAUCUACCCCUUCCCUACCCCUACCUUAUCCCUACCCUAACCCUACCCUACCCGUACCCUACCCCUACCCUACCCCUAUCCUACUCCUCCCCUACCCUAGACGUUCCAUAUCCUUCCCCUACCUCUACCUUGCCCCUACCCUACACUACCCCUACCUUAUCCGUACCCUACCCUACCCUACCCUACCCUACCCUACACUUUCCCUAAAUUACCCCUACCCUACCUCUAUCCUACCCCUUCCCUACCUCUGUCCUAUCCCUACCCUCAGCAAAAUUGGUCCAGCGUUUUGUGCGUGGUGCAAUGACCAAAAGACUAUAAUUUCCCAAGCGACUUCUAUGCUAAUACUAUAAAGAGGUAAAGUUUGUGAGGUUGUCGGGGGUAAUCUCUGGAUCUACUGGACUGAUUUGGAAAAUUCUUUUACCAAUAGAAAGCUACAUUAUUUGCGAGUGUCAUAGGCUAUGUUUGGUCCUCAUAUUCAUACGGGAACGGGAACCACGUAAUUGAAACCGCGGGGCGUCACAUAGCGGCAUUUCUGCGACUUUCAGAAAUUUUGUUUUAUCUCCGAAACUAUAUAACUAAUUAACAUACUGUAAAAGGCAAAUCUUAUCUCUAUAAUAUCCUUGUGAUUAUUAAAUAAUUUAUUUUGAUAAGGAUUUAAGUUUAGUUGUGUAAAUAAUGACGUAAACCUUAAUUUAAAAUUUAAAUAAUUUAUUAAAGUACUAAAAGUACUAUAUCUGCUAAAAUAUAAAAGAUAGAUAUAUGGUGUCGCGGACUUUUUUGUAGAACUUUUAAAGGUUCAAAAAGCCUCCAUACAUUUAUUUCAGUUAUACGCAAUGGUUGAGGCAGCGCAUGCGAAAAAGUAAGUUUUUCGGUCUGACCUGUAAGAGUAAACCCGCGAUAUCUCAGUAGUUAUAUAUGAUAGAAACAUAAAAUAUAGCCUAUAGCACUCCCCGAUAAUGUAGCAUUCUACUGGUGAAAGAAUUUUUAAAAUCGGUCCAGUAGUUCCGAAGAUUACCCCAUUUCAAAAAAUUGUUACAAACUUACAAACUUACAAACUUACAAACUUACAAACUUUACCUCUUUAUAAUAUUAGUAUAGAAGUAUAGAUUUCAAAAAUUGACUAUAUUCUGUAUCUGAUGCCUCAAUAUGCAUGUCCCAAGCCCUUUUCAAAUGUAACCCAAGAGUGUGUACAGUUGAAUUAUCACGUGAAUUUGAUUGGUGGACACCACGAAUCACAAUUCUUGCGAAUGAUAAUUUGUUUUAACAGUAAAAUGAGUGCCUCAUUUUUAAAGUGAGACGUGGGGUCGGGGGUCGGCGCGAUUUACACCAGGGACCUAGUGAACACUUCAGCUAGCUCGACUUUUUAAUUUUAACUAUUUAGGGACAUAAUUCAUCUUAGUGAAUUUUGCUCACCUUUUAUUAUUUCUAAGUAUUUUUCAUUUUCUUUUAUUUGUCUAUUAUAUUUGUUGUUGGUUUUAACUUCAUCGCAUUACCGUGCGCAAUAAUUUUGACAUUCAAAUAAUAUCCUGACGAAAUUAUACAGAAAAUAGAAAUCCGCAAUAAAAUUACGCCGGCCGAAAAGCGGCCGAUACUGACCAAUUCUAGAAUAUUGAUUUAAUGUAAUGUUUUAAAAACGAAUUAUAUUUUUUGUCCAGAAAUUGGUAUUAUAUUUAUUUUGUUGAUAGCGUUAUAAUUAUUAUUAUAAUAUACAUUUAUUUGAUGAUAGUUAAAAUAAUUUAUAGUGUAAAGUGUGUUAUGUUUUUAAUUUUCAAUUCCAAAUUGUCCUAUUAUUUUACAAAUUAAAGGUGCAAUAGAUUGUAAUGUUAAUGAUAGUAUACCGGAAGAAUAAAGCAUAGACAAUAAAAUUGGUAGUCAUGUUUUUAGGCCUUCGUUUUUCACUGUAUUAUUUUGGCGCGUAUUCACACUAUUGUCGCGUCGCGAGUCGCACUAUUCACACUACUGUCGCGUCGCGAAGUCGCGAGUCGCAGUGAACUCAUGAGCUGGCACGCGAUGCGACCGCGAGCGAGCUGCGCGCCGCAACAAGCAAAUAGUGCUAGGAUUGCGAAUGACGUCAACGAUUUACCGCAUACUUUUAUGUUAAAACUCUGCCUGCAAUAUAGAAAAAUCAUACCAAACAAAUUGAUGGGAUUUAUUUAAAUAAAAUUGAAAUGUGUUAAUCAAUUUGUUUGUCAUUAUGUUCUGAAUGCAAAGUUUUGAGUAUUGACUUUAAGCAUUAUUUACUACUGAAAACCGCUGCCAUUCGCUAAUUUUAUUUUUGGACAAAACAAGCUUAUUAAUUUUACGAGUAGGUACCGAUUUAAAAUGUAAUACGAAAUAAAUAAUGAAUAAGAAAUAACAGGUGACAUCGUAUGCAUUCUUUAGGUGAGCGUUACUGAUCAAACUUUUCGUCAAAUCAAUCGUAGUGUUUGUUAAACAAUUUGGUCGUCUGCGACUUUGUGUAAAGUGUUUGUCAAAUAUUGCUUUGUCGAAAAGUUUGACUGAACGGGCUCCCUUCGUCACAAAGUUACGCCAAUCUUCCGCGAUGGUGUGGCCGGAGCGCAGCUCGACUGACAUGAUCAUAAUUUAAUUUUCCAUGUAUAGAUAACUAAGGUAUAGAUAGUGUACAGAGGUGCGGCGUUUUGUAUACAUAUGUAAAGAGGGAGUUAUCUAAAGGUUGUAUAGAUUUGAUUAGGAUAAAGCUCACCUGCGGCGCAGUCGACUCACUCGCUUGUAUAAAGUAGCGCCGGUGAAGCCGGUGUCUGUAUAUUAGUCGAUCCACUACUCGAUGUAUUCCGAAAUGUAUUAUAAUGAUUCAUCUAAUGGGAAAUUAUUUAAAUUAAUAAAUUGUUUAUGUUAAUGCUUA